AAGCUGGAUCCGCGAUGACGAAAUAAAGCUUUUAAAUUACCAACUUGAUCUGUGUGGUGCCAGCUGGCCGGCAAGUUAUGCUGCAUGUCAACAAAUGGUCAGAAAUCAUCAUUGGGAAAUCAAAUCCUCAGAAAUAGCAGAAUCACGAUUUGUUGAUUGCUCGAAUUGAUCGAAGGCUGAUCAAAGUUCAUCGAUAGUCAUUACAGCUAAACUUCCAGCCAAUCUUUGCCUUGUAGAGGGAGAAGCAUCCUAUUGGGUAGAGGCCGGGAAUAUAAACAUGUGCAAGAUGAUAUAGCCUACAUAACUCUUUCACAGAGGAGAGCUUAGUCCAUAAAGCAAAGUUAGAGAAAAAUGGUAUUAAUUCAGUUAUCAUCUCUCGUCUCAGAAUUGUCGCAUGGACAGGCUUUCUUAGGUCUGUGUAGUUUAUUUAUUUCCCUUAUUGUUCUUUUGCUGAUCCGGCAGCUUGUGAAGCAGAGAAGACCCCGAGGAUUCCCUCCUGGACCGUCACCUAUCCCUGUCAUAGGGAACAUUAUGUCUCUAGCAACAGAACCGCACGUCUUUAUGAAGAAACAGAGUGAAAUCCAUGGGCAGAUUUUCAGUCUUGAUUUGGGAGGCUACUCAGCAGUGGUUCUGAAUGGAUAUGAUGCCAUCAGAGAAUGCCUGUACCACCAGGGUGAUGUCUUUUCUGACAGGCCAUCGCUGCCUUUAUUUAUGAAAAUGACAAAAAUGGGAGGACUUCUGAAUGCUAAAUUUGGCAACGGAUGGAUUGAACAUCGUCAACUGGCCAGCAACUCCUUUCGUUACUUUGGAAGUUUUCAAAUGCCCAUCGACCAGAAGAUCUUGGAAGAGUGCAUGUUUUUCGUGGAUGCCAUCGACGAACACAAAGGGAAACCCUUUAACCCAAAGCACCUGGUAACCAAUGCUGUGUCCAACAUCACCAACCUCAUCAUCUUCGGCGAGCGUUUCACGUACGACAACUGUGACUUCCAGCACAUGAUUGAGAUCUUCAGUGAGAAUGUGGAGCUGGCCGUCAGUGGCUGGGCCUUCCUUUACAACGCCUUCCCAUGGAUCGAGUACCUCCCCUUUGGAAAGCACCAGAAGCUGUUCCGCAACGCAGCCAAGGUCUAUAACUUCCUGGAGCAGAUCAUCAGGCGCUUCUCGAAAGGCAGAGUGUGCAACUUCCCGCGCCACUACAUCGAUGACUAUCUGAACAAGUUGGACAAGAGUGCUGGCGACUUGGGCACCCCGUAUUCCAGGGAGAACCUAAUCUACUCUGUGGGCGAGCUCAUCAUCGCAGGCACGGAGACCACCACCAACACCCUACGCUGGGCUAUGCUCUACAUGGCCCUCUACCCCAACAUUCAAGAGAAGGUGCAUAAGGAGCUGGACAGUGUGCUGGGAAGUGAGAAGUCCCCCUCGCUGGCGGACAAAAAGAGGAUGCCCUAUGUGGAAGCAGUGCUACAUGAGGUCCUGCGCUUCUGUAACAUCGUGCCCCUGGGCAUCUUCCGCGCCACCACUCAGGACACACUGGUGAGCGGCUACAACAUCCCCAAAGGCACCAUGGUCAUCACCAACCUGUACUCUGUGCACUUUGAUGAGAAGUACUGGUGCGACCCUGGAACCUUCUCACCACAUCGCUUCCUGGACAGCAAUGGAAACUUUGUCCGACGGGAAGCUUUCCUACCCUUCUCUUUGGGGAAGCGUCACUGUUUGGGCGAGCAUCUGGCCAGGAUGGAGAUGUUCCUGUUCUUCACCACCAUGCUGCAGCGCUUCCACCUGCAGUUCCCCCCCGGCACGGUGCCAAGCCUCACCCCCAAACUGGGCAUGACACUGCAGCCGCUGCCUUACUCCAUCUGCGCCAUCCGCAGGCAGCAGUGACAGAUUCUCAGAAGGCACAGCCCGAAGGGGUGGGGGGGUUGGGGGUUUAGUCAGAACAGAACAGGGGUCUAGAGCUUGGACUCCUACCCUGUGUUUUACAUAGAACUGCUAGAAUUCUAAACAUCAGCCGAUGGUUGUUUCUGAGCAAUUGCAUGUUUGCACAGCACCAUUUGCAAAGUCACAGGAUCACCAGAAAUGUUACUGGCGAGAUCCUGAAAUAUCAGGUGGAACUUCUCAGUAAGUUUAAUCGAGAAGAUUAGAAGUGUGAAUAUUUAAACAAUACAUGCAAACAUAUACUAUGAAUUAACCUUGAAUUAGAAUAUACUUUUUAUCUGUGUCCUUAUAAUCAAAUGUCUCAUCUUCCCUGCGGGAUUACAUCAAUGGGAACAUUACCCACUGGGCACACACUGGUUGAAUCAUUGUUGUUUCCAUGUCACGUUGAAUUGAUGUUCCCAGUGGGUAGUUUCAGCUGUCUACAGCACAGUGAAAAUAAGUGGACUAGCAGCCAGCCUUUCCUAGAAGGCUCUGGACAUGGUGUUUAGUCUGGAUCAGCGCCAUGUCAAUCAUUCUGAAACUAACAAUGAACCCGAUCUCUAGGGAUUAUUCCUUUAAGUAAAUUUUACCUUUGUCUAUUAUGGUCAUACUUUGUAAUAAAAACAAUGCCAUUUGA